AUGGAAUUUUAUCAGGUCUGUAAGGAUCUCGCUGAGCGAUACAAGAAGGAAACAACACUCCAGGUAAAAUAUCUUGACGUGUUUAUCAGCUUUGCUGCGGCCACUGCCUUUUUGCAAGCUGUAUAUUGCUUCAUUGUUGGAACCUAUCCCUUCAACUCCUUCCUAUCUGGAUUCAUUAUUAGUCUCGGAACCUGCGUUUUGUCCAUUUGUUUCCGCAUGGGAAUUACUUCCAAGGAGUUCGAGACUAUAAGUAAUAAUAGAGUAUUUGCAGAGUAUUGCUUCUGUAUGCUUCUUCUCUUCUUGGUGGUGUGUAACUAUUUGGGAUAA